AUGGAUCCUCGACGGGUGCUGCUGGCACUAGCAGUCUUGAUCUCUACUGUCACUGGUCAGCUCACGCUUUCCAGUGACACACGAACGGUCUCGACGCCCACACCGACGAGCACGUCCGCCGGAGCCGUGACGACGAACGCGACGAUCGCAACUCCGUCUAUCUCGUCAAGUACGAAUGCGACCAUGACGAUCAUCAAUGGUACGACAGUCGCUCUGCCCAUCCCCUCGAGCAACGCGACUCGCUCAAACGUCACCUCGAUCCAAUCGACCGUGCCGGCGCCCACAGCCAGCCUUCCGAGCACGUCAGACUCGUCAACGAGCGUAUACGCCCCCGCUGGUGAUGGACACGGUAGCUCGUCUGGCGCAGGCCCCGGUGAUGCGUAUAUAGCAGCCUCGGCCCGUUUGGCUCUGCCCGCGUCGUCGAUCUCCAUGCUCUGUCUCGGCGCUGGCUUGAACUACUAUCGUGACCAUUGGCCCCUGGACGUCACCGCAACAGCCUACGGUUGCCUCGUCUGCUCAGAUUUUCGCUCGGCAUUCUGUGUCGAGAUGUUUGCAGCCCUUUUCCUCUGCUUUGUGCUCCAAGCCACAUGUGCGCCUACUCUGCCCUCGCUUGCUGACUCUCGACCUGCUUCUCGAGCCAUGUCAACCUAUGAGGAGAAUGUCGCCUCGAGCACGAACAACGCAGCCGCCAGAUCGCUCGAAAAGAGGCUUUGGGAGCGUCUGGAAGACUAUGCGAUCAGCGUGACCCUCGUCAAAGGCGUACGAUUCCAAUCGUCUACCGGCGAAUGGACAGCGCCUCAUCCGCUCAUGACCAAAUUCGUCCAGCAAUUCACCGUUCUCAAAUGGUGGAACAUCGAGGAUCUGUACACUUCUAUAGCGCCACAGUGUAUCUUUGACUUUGCUACGAUCGACGGUGCCUCCGCCAGUGCACAGCUUGAGCUCGUCUUCGUCGGCGUGCAUUAUUGGCGAAUCCAGCUGGCCUGGCGCGGCUUCGUUGGCCUAGAAGGAUCACCAGGCGCAGAGCGACAGACGGCUUUCCUGUUCCAGCAGUGUUGCGAUGUCGAAUACCAGACCACGCUGUACAUGAGCUUUGUGGACGAUCCGGCCUCCAUCAAAUACCAGAACAUCGGCACACAAGCAACGCUUGUCUGCGAGCCAGAACACGGCGUUGUCUCUCCGCCGACGCCAGAAUGUGAAGAACUCUACCAAACGGGUCACUCACGAUAUAAUAUCGCUAUGCGUCUAGCGCUCCACUUCCUCUUCGGGGUACUUGCCACUUUUGCUACAAGCGCGCCUACCGGAUCCGCCUACUCACAGCUCGACUCUCAAGCCUUGUCAAAUCCAGCGGAAACCUUGACUUCAAACAUCGACGAUGCGGCAACUGGAUCGAUGCACAAGAGAUACUUUGAUCGUGUAGAAGACUACGCUGUCAGUAUAACGUUUGCUAAAGGCGUAAAAUUUCAAUCAACUACUGGCGAAUGGACAUCACCCCAUCCGCUCACGACCAAAUUCGUCCAGCGAUUCACUGUCCACAAAAGCUGGACUUUUCAGGCGAUCUACUUCGAACAAGCGCCUACAUGUACCUUUGACUUUGCUCCCAAGGACGGCGCGUCUGCAGAAGCACAAUUCGGGCUCGCACCGCCCUACGGACUCCCAUACUGGACGAUUGAGCUGUCAUGGCACGACUUCAUCAGCCUGGAUGGAACCUCUGGCCAAGAACGCGAGACGCUCUACCUGUUCCAACAGUGUUGCGAUGUCAAGUAUACCACUACGCUGUUUUUCAACUUUAUGAUUGACGUGGCAACCAUGUACAAGCACAGCAUCAGAGAAGCAAAGCUCAUCUGCGAGCCAGAGCACGGCGUCAUCAAUCCGCCAACGCCAGAGUGCGAAGAACUCUACAACACGGCUCGUGCGCGAUACGACUAUGAACCAUCGCAGAGCUUUCAUGCCGAACUCCUUGAUGGCGAUCUCCGUCCAACUUCAUGA